GACACAUUUCGUUUAGCCACUGACGGUGGACCUUGUCCUCCUCCUUCAUAAGCAAGUUUGGGCUCAUGUUGUCGAGGUGAAGAAUGAAAAUCUACGACUAAAGAGACCCAGAGACAAAACAUUCAACUGCUGAACAGUAGAGGUGUGUUGGGACAGGAUGUUCAGAAGCAACAGCCCCUUCAGCGUUGAGACCAACAGCUACACAGGAUCUGUCCAGUCCAAUGGGUUUUCCACUACGGAUGAGACCUCGUCACAAAUAACAAACGUAUCAAAGCCCAGUGCAAAAUCAAUUUAUUUGCAGAGGUUGCAGUAUGCAGCGUCCAUGAACAAGAUGCUGGAGAAGUUUCAGUACAAAGUGGAGCACUUGUUCACCUGCGAUCUGGACGGCCAGGAGCUGAGAAACGUCAACGACUGCGUGGAGCGCCUGAAGCUGCUGAAUCAUAUGGGUCGCGUGUGGGGUCAAAACAUGAUGCUGGAGGUGCACGGUGCCGAGCUGCGGCUCACAGACAUCGAAACAAAGGAGGAGCUCGAGUCCAUCCCUCUCAGUAAUGUCCAGGAGCUGAAGGCGGUGCUGGACGUCGAGGUGUUCGACUCUCUGCUCACCGUGUUCGUCCAGAACACAAGAAAACACACCAGCACCAUCUUCAUGUUCCAGUGUGACGAAGUCAGGGCUGAUUAUGUCCAGAAGAGUUUAACGCGAGCGCUUUUAGAGAGGAAAGACGAUCCACGCCCCAUCUAUGCAAAAGUUGUGAGCAGCAAGGAAAGAGCAAACGCUGCUGUUUAUUCAGCUCCACCGAGGCCUGCUGCUGAAAACGUAGAGACUGAAUCUCUUGAGUCUGAACUGGAUCUGCCUCCGGAUGAGGAGGAAGAGGAGCGAACAUUGACCCCCAGGAAGAGGAGCCCAUCACCGCAACCUUCCACCCGUCCACCUCUUCUCCGUUCGUACACAGAACGGGACCGGAACGUGGAUAUUUUAAACCAUAUCAUAGGAGACAUAGAGAUCUUCAUGGGGAAAGUCGGUGCGAUGGAAGCUAAAAAUGGAAAGAAAAAAAGAAAAAAGAAAAAAGGACAAGGUGCGAAUGGCAUGCCUUCUGAUGAGGAAUUCACAGAAUGUCUUCGUAAAAUCAAAAGUGGCUUCAAUCUUCUGGCAGAGCUCAACGGGAAGAUCAAUGACCCAAGUGCUCCUGAGCUCGUCCACUUCUUGUUCUCUGCUUUAACAUACGUGGUGUCUCACUGCUCUGAAGCUCUGCCUCCGACCAUCGUAGCCCCCCUGCUGAGCCCCGAGUGCAUCCGUCUCCUGAGCGAGGAGGCGUCCACAGAGGAGGACCAGCUGUGGCAGACUCUGGGUGACGCCUGGAACAUCCCCAGCACCAGAUGGCCAGAGGAAGAUGAAGACAUCCCAACCUACACCCUGGAGUUCUCAGAUGGCUGGCAGCCCCCUGAAGUUGUAGAGGCCCCCCUGCCGAACAACCCUGAACGCAGACGGCAGAGUCCACGACCUGCACCCAAUCCACGACCUGCACCCAGUCCACAACCUGCACCCAAUCCACGACCUGCACCCAGUCCACGACCUGCACCCAGUCCACAACCUGCACCCAGCACAAAACCUUCACAUCCAUCAGCAAACGGACCAAACCAUCAGACUCCUGCCAAGUGGAAGCCACCACCACCUCCACAGAAAACACGCUUGAAUGAGACCAAAUUCCAUCCCAUGCGUGUGAAGCAUGACUUCAUUUCAAGGAACCACAUAGAGCUCACUGUCAGGAGAGGAGAAACGGUGGAGCUGUUGGACAAGUCCAAGCAGUGGUGGAGAGUGAGGAACAGCAGCGGGGAGGAGGGAUACGUCCCCAACAACGUCCUGGAAGCUGCUGACGAGCAGCCCGACACGCAAACUGAAGCAACUCCCGUCUUAACGAGGAGAUCCAGACCACCAGAAGUGAAAGUGUGGCUCGAGGACAAGGGCUUCAGCCAAAUCACUGUGCGCUGUCUGGGCGUCCUGAGUGGCUCGGUGCUGCUGGGGAUGAGCAGAGAGGAGCUGAAGACGGUGUGUCCAGAGGAAGGAGGACGAGUCUUCUUCCAGUUACAGGCAGUCAAGUCCACCCUGGAGAAUGUCGGCUAAGAGACACCAACACUGAAGAGGAGAAACAUCACUGAAGACAGAGACGAGCUCUGCGGGACAAAAACUGGAUGAUUUAAAUAAGACAAAGACAAGAAAGCACCAGGUUUA